AUGGAUUUUGAUUUCAACGAAGCUCAAAACUCUUUUCAGUUCCUCUAAGCGUAAAAUAAGUUACCAAUUAAGAUGUCUCACAAACUUGAACUUCUUUUGGAGUGCAUCAAUAACUAAGAAAUUGACACGUCUGUUUUCCAUUCAUUAGAACUAGAGGAGUGUCAGGGAUUCAUGAAGUUGAAUAAGUAGGCCCAAAAAGAGAUGUUUAUGUCGAUCAUUAAGUAGUAUGCAUAUGCUAAUAUGAUCCCAUCUGCUAUAGGAGAGAUUAAAGGGAUUAUAGAUGUUAGAACAAAAGUAUUAAAAAGUUGGAAGUAAAAAGAGUUUAAGAUAGACUCUAAAUAAAGAACCUUUGAAAUAUUGAGAAAAAAGAACAGCAAAAAGAAACCUCGAAUUAUCUACCUCUAAUAUUAUACUGUAUAACCUUAGGAAUUCAAAGAUAAGCGCUAUAGAUUUGUUAUUAUUGCCAAUUCUGAAGGUCAUGGUUACUACAAAACAUUGGUUUGUGGGUCUGACGAUAAAGUGCUUUAUGACAAAGUGAUCCAGGCACUUAAAACGAUAUCGUAAUUUAAGGAUCAUGUGAUGAGAGGGAGCAUCCUACUUGAAUCAAAUGAUUUUAAUUAACCAAGAGCAUUUAACAAUUAACAAUCUUUCAUUACAACUAGAUAAGAUAUGAAAUUAGUGACAUAGUCAGAAAUCAUUCCACAAAAACAAAACAUGAAUAUUAAAAUCACAAAGCAAACAGUAGAAUCAGAUAUAAGGCCAAUUCAAUAGUAAUAAUAGCAAUAUUAAUAACAAACUCUUUCCUAGAAUAUCAAACAAUAGCCAAAUGCAAAUGAAUAAAUUCUAUAAAACGAUUCCACAAUCAAAUAACAACAAUAUCCAUAAAAUUUAUAAUAAUAAUAGGUAUAAUAACCCGUAAUAUAUAAUUAAUUAGAGCAGUAAUAAUAAUAGCAAUAACACUCGCAAUAGUAAUAGUAAUAAUAAUAAUAUUAACAAUAAUAAUAAUAAUCUUAAUAAUAAUAAUAAUAUUUAUACUAAUAAUAAUCAUAAAUAUAAAAAAAUUAAGAAGAAUAAUAUAGAUUAUAAUAAGAUUAAUUAAUUUAGCAACAGAAAAUUGAUUAACAAAGAUAAUAGUAUGAAUAAUAAAACUAAUAAUUACAAUAAUAAGAAUAGUAAUCAAAGAUUUUGAAAUAAGUACUGAGUCAGUAGGAAAAUGAAAUACCUUAACUUAAAAAUGAACUAAAAUAUCCGUAAGUUUUUCAAAUGUUAUUCGAAGAGGGCAAAUUUAAUCCUGAUUAUUUUACUCAAUCAAAUAAAUAAUUCACUCAAGUUUAUUCAAAAGAUGGAGUAUAAAUAUUGAAGGAUUAAGGUAAUUCACUUAGCUUUAGAUCAACCUUAACUCUAUAUAAUGUUGAAAUUGAUAAGGUAUUUUAAUGUUUGGCUGAAAUUGAUUUUGUGAAAAAAUGGAAUGCAGUCAUCAAUCCUAAUGAAACAAAAUUAUUAAAUCUGAUGUAAAGCGAAAAUUGUGGAAUAAUAUAUGAAAGACAUAAGCCAUAUGGAUUACUUUAUUUGCCUAGAGAUUUUGUGUAUUUAAGGUAUGUAACAUACAGAGGAGAUGACAUUUUAAUUGUAGACAAAUCAAUAGAAAAUGAAGAUGCGCCUCCCUAUAUGAAAGUGAUUAGGGGAGAGAUUAAUUACUAGAUAACAGAGAUCGUUAACAAUGACAAUAAUAUUUUAGUCAGAAUUGAGACAGAAAUUACGAAUGGUGGUUUAUCAUCUGUGAGUCAAGACUGUGCAAUUACUUAAUGGUAUUUAAGUGAACUUUCCCAUUUUCAACAAUUUUUGAAGACAUACUCUGCAGUUUAGGAGAUAAUACAAUCUCCUCUUUUAUAAAUAUUAAAAAGCACUAGACCAAAUAAAUAAAAAGAAAUUAUAGUAAUAGAUUAAGAGAUAUCCAGUAUUCAAUAAUAAUAAAUUGUGUCUCCACAAUCACUUUAAUAUACUUCUACAAAUCAAUAGUAAAGUAUUAUAGAACAAUAAUCAAUGAUUAUUAAGGAAGUGAACUAACCUUUUCCGGUAACAACAGCGCAUGACGAAUAAUUAAAAUUUGAAUAAGUUACUGAAAAUCGUAGGAUAACUUUAGAUUAACUCCCAAUAAUAGCCACAGUACCAGAAACUGCUCCUUUAAUAAUUGACAAUCAAAAAGAAAUAAAUGAGAUUUAAUAAUACAAUAAAGAUAUAGAAGAUGCUGAUUUAAGUAAUUACACUCCAAGUGAUUUCAUUCAAUAGACAUUACCAGAGUUAUCAGACAAAGAGAUUGCUUAAGUUAAACAAAUGAUAAAAAAUAUUGAACAAGGUUUAUGUGAUUAUACUUCAAAUUGUAUAUUCCACAAAUAUAUCCAAGAACCUUAAAAGGUCAAGGAUGAAUACAUUACUUAGAUAAAUGGAGGACAUUACUUUUUAAGAUAGGACUGGAAAAGAGAUAUGAAACAUGGGGGAAUGAUAUUUUAUAAUUAAAAGAAAAUAGAGGCUUAAAAGAGAGUUAUCAAAUUUAUGUUAAAAUCAAUAGGUUCUAAUCUGUUGUCUGGUAAAUCAAUAUUAAAUAUAUCAUUACCUGUUGAAGUUUUUGAAAGCAGAUCCAAUUUAGAAAGGUUUUGUUAUUCAUUUACAUUUGCUCCUUAGAUCUUAGAAAAGGCCGCUAAAAUCGAUAAUAUUCACGAGCAAAUGAAAUAUACGAUAGCAUUUGGAUGCAGUUCAAUUAUUAUGUAUAUGUCUUUGGAGAAACCAUUCAAUCCUAUUUUGGGAGAAACUUAUUAAGGCUUCAUCAAUGGAUGCCCGGUUUAUGCUGAGUAGGUGAGUCAUCAUCCCCCUAUCAGUGCUUUUUAAUUGAAAGGUAGAGGAUAUGAUAUAGACGGACACAUUGAAUCAGCAGCUAGUAUGCAUGCAAAUAGUGUUACCGGAAAGAACAUAGGAUUUAUUAGAGUCACCUACCACAAUACGAAGUCAAAGCAAAUCUUUAUUUAAUGUCCAGGAGUUUUAACAGGAACUGCUUUUGGAACCAGAGUAUUUAAUAUAAAUGGAAGGUCGUAUACAAUUGAUUUGGAAAAUAAUUUAAUUGCUGAUAUGGCAUUUAAUCCUGGAAGCAAAAAUGUAUUCAAUAAGAAAGACUUAUUACAAGACUAAUUUAUUGGCUAUUUAUACAAAGUAAAGCCUGGAGUGUUGAAUAAAUAUAAAAAGGAAGGAUAUGCAAAAUAUUCUGGAAUUGAUUUUGAUAAGGAUGUUGAAUAAAGAUUUUUUUCAAUAAAUGGUAUCUGGAAUCAAAUGGUUGAAUUUGAUGGGGUUAGAUUGUUUGAUACACUUGAGAUGAAUCCUCAUGUAAUGGUUAAUCAUCCAUGUCCUUUGCCUUCAGACUCAAAUUUCCGAUUGGAUAUUCUGUAUUGGAAAUUGAGGGAUUUUGAUAAUUCUUAGAGGACAAAGGAAAUAUAUGAAGUGAAGCAAAGAAAUGAUAGAAAAUGGAGAGAGAAACUUACAGGUAAGAAACAUUGAGUUUUUGUAUUGUAUAUUUUAAUAUAAA